AUGCAAGCUUACAAUGAUAUGCUACAUGAGACAGUUAAUGAUAUUAUUGAUUCGUGCAUUUUGGAUGGUAUUAUGACCAUGCAUCGUGCGGCGAAAUUGGGGUACUUCCACAUUAUUAGUCCCGAUACGAGAAAUCGCGACAAGGAUCCCUCUGACCUUUCCCAUCAGGUCUCGUAUCAUAGCUAUGAUAAGGACAACUUCAGCAAAUCUCAUGUAUGCUGCAGGUGUGUGAAAUGUAAUUGCAAAGUUGCUGCAACACGAUAUGCAUCACAUUUAUCUAAUUGCAUGGGACUUGGGAGAAAUAGCUCAAGAAGGGCGAACAAGCGUAUUGCAGAGCAACAACGACUCGAAGAUUAUGACGAAGAAAUUGAAGAGGAGAAGGCCAUUGCUGCUUCGUUGUCCGUUAAUCGAGGGCUUACUGCACAAAUUUAUAACUCCUUAAACGGCGACAGUGACAGCUGUCGAAAUUCUAGUAAUGGCUGUGCAAAC